GGGUCUCGAGGAAGUGUCUUGCUCCUCCGAGGGAGGGACUCUAGCAGGGGUGGAAAACCAGCUCCAGCGAGACGCGGAGUAGCGCAGCGCAGACCAUGGAGCUGGGCGGCCCCGGCCCCGGAUGGCCUCAGCAGCAGCAGAACCAGGACUCGGUAGAAGCGUGGCUGGACGAUCACUGGGACUUUACCUUCUCUUACUUUAUUAGGAAAGCAACCAGAGAAAUGGUCAAUGCAUGGUUUGCUGAGAGAGUUCACACCAUCCCUGUCUGCAAGGAAGGCCUCAGAGGCCACACCGAGUUUUGCUCUUGCCUCUCACAGCAGACGUCUCAUGCAGAUAGCAGUGCUCCUGGGACACCAACCAGGAAAAUCUCCGCUUCUGAAUUUGACCGGCCUCUUAGACCCAUUGUCGUCAAGGAUUCCGAGGGAACUGUGAGCUUCCUCUCUGACUCAGAAAAGAAGAAACAGAUGCCUCUUACCCCCACAAGGUUUGAUAAUGAAGAAGGGGAUCAGUGCUCACGGCUCUUGGAAUUAGUGAAAGAUAUUUCUAGUCACUUGGAUGUCACAGCCUUAUGCCACAAAAUUUUCUUGCAUAUCCAUGGACUCAUCUCUGCUGACCGCUAUUCCCUGUUCCUUGUCCGUGAGGACAGCUCCAAUGACAAGUUUCUUAUCAGCCGCCUCUUUGAUGUUGCUGAAGGCUCAACACCGGAAGAAGCUUCAAAUAACUGUAUCCGCUUAGAAUGGAACAAAGGCAUUGUGGGACAUGUGGCCGCACUUGGUGAGCCCUUGAACAUCAAAGAUGCAUACGAGGACCCUCGGUUCAAUGCAGAAGUCGACCAAAUUACAGGCUACAAGACACAAAGUAUUCUCUGUAUGCCUAUUAAGAAUCAUAGGGAAGAGGUUGUUGGUGUAGCUCAGGCUAUCAACAAGAAAUCUGGAAAUGGUGGGACAUUCACGGAAAAAGAUGAAAAGGACUUUGCUGCUUAUUUGGCAUUUUGUGGUAUUGUUCUUCAUAAUGCUCAACUCUAUGAGACUUCAUUGCUGGAAAACAAGAGAAAUCAGGUGCUGCUUGACCUUGCUAGCUUAAUUUUUGAAGAACAACAAUCAUUAGAAGUAAUUCUGAAGAAAAUAGCUGCCACUAUUAUCUCUUUCAUGCAGGUGCAGAAAUGCACCAUUUUCAUAGUGGAUGAAGAUUGCUCCGAUUCUUUUUCUAGUGUGUUUCACAUGGAGUGUGAGGAAUUAGAAAAAUCAUCAGAUACUUUAAUAAGGGAACGGGAUGCAAACAAAAUCAAUUACAUGUACGCUCAGUAUGUGAAGAAUACUAUGGAACCACUUAAUAUCCCAGAUGUCAGUAAGGACAAAAGAUUUCCCUGGACAAGUGAAAACAUAGGACAUGUAAACCAGCAGCACAUUGGAAGUUUGCUUUGUACACCUAUAAAAAAUGGAAAAAAGAAUAAAGUGAUAGGGGUUUGCCAACUUGUUAAUAAGAAGGAGGAGAAUACUGGCAAGAUUAAGGCUUUCAACCGAAAUGAUGAACAGUUUCUGGAAGCUUUUGUCAUCUUUUGUGGCUUGGGGAUCCAGAACACACAGAUGUAUGAAGCAGUGGAGAGAGCCAUGGCCAAGCAGAUGGUCACAUUGGAGGUUCUGUCAUAUCAUGCUUCUGCAGCAGAGGAAGAAACAAGAGAGCUCCAGUCUUUAGCGGCUGCUGUGGUACCAUCUGCUCAGACCCUUAAAAUUACUGACUUCAACUUCAGUGACUUUGAGAUGUCCGAUCUGGAGACAGCACUGUGUACAAUUCGGAUGUUCACUGACCUCAACCUUGUGCAGAACUUCCAGAUGAAACAUGAGGUUCUUUGCAGUUGGAUUCUAAGUGUUAAGAAGAAUUAUCGGAAGAGUGUUGCCUAUCAUAACUGGAGACAUGCCUUCAAUACAGCUCAGUGCAUGUUUGCUGCUUUAAAAGCAGGCAAAAUCCAGCAGAACAAGCUGACUGACCUGGAGAUCCUCGCACUGCUGAUUGCUGCACUAAGCCAUGAUUUGGAUCACCGUGGUGUGAAUAACUCUUACAUACAACGAAGCGAACACCCACUGGCUCAACUCUACUGUCAUUCCAUCAUGGAACACCAUCAUUUUGACCAGUGCCUGAUGAUUCUUAAUAGUCCAGGGAAUCAGAUCCUCAGUGGCCUCUCCAUUGAAGAAUAUAAGACCACGUUGAAAAUAAUCAAGCAAGCUAUUUUAGCUACAGACCUAGCACUGUACAUUAAGAGGCGAGGAGAAUUUUUUGAACUUAUAAGAAAAAAUCAAUUCAAUUUGGAAGAUCCUCAUCAAAAGGAGUUAUUUUUAGCGAUGCUGAUGACAGCUUGUGAUCUUUCUGCAAUAACAAAGCCCUGGCCCAUUCAACAACGGAUAGCAGAACUUGUAGCGACUGAAUUUUUUGACCAAGGAGACAGAGAAAGAAAAGAACUCAACAUAGAGCCCACUGAUCUAAUGAAUAGAGAGAAGAAAAACAAAAUCCCAAGUAUGCAAGUUGGAUUCAUAGAUGCCAUCUGUUUGCAACUGUAUGAGGCCCUGACCCAUGUAUCAGAGGACUGUUUCCCUUUGCUGGAUGGCUGCAGAAAGAACAGACAGAAGUGGCAGGCCCUUGCAGAACAGCAGGAGAAGACACUGAUUAAUGGGGAAAGCAGCCAGGCAAAGAGGAACUGAGUGGCCUCUUUCAUGCAGAGUGGACGUUUAUAGAGAUGGUGUAUUCUGCAGUAAGCCUGGUUCUGCUAUCCACUGUACAGAUUUGGUGUAUACUUUGCCACUGCUGUAUUUUUAUUUUUGCACAACUUGUGAGAGCAUAGCAUGACAUGUUUGUAGGGGACAUAGUUUCUAUAUAUCUGUUUUAUGCCACUCAACCGAGAUGAUCGACGACACCCACUCUUAGCACAUUGAUAAAGAGCGCUGUUUGUGGUAUUUUGUGCACUGCAUAGUGCAGAUGGCAUUUUUGCACUGAGGAUGUUUUUUGCUUGGAGAUUUUAAAUAAUUGAGUUUUGUGUUUUCUGAAUUACCAAUCUUUCAAGAAUGUUUGGAAUCUUUCCUUUCUCAAAAAUAGACUGGGAGCAAAUGAAAUCUGUUCUGUGACAUUUAAAGCCUUCGUAGGACAGAGAAAAAUGUAGGCUGAGUGAGUUUAAAGGGGAAAAGGGUAUAUUUGCCAACAAUGUAUUUCCUUUAAAAGAAAAAGGUCAGGCACUGUGAAAUAAUGGAAAGUACUGUGAGUCAGUAUUAUAAAGAAAAGGUAUUAAUUCACUGAUCUGCUGUUUUAGUUAGAGAGCAGGCAGGAAAAGCACCUUGUCCUUUCAUGCAGUAUAUCUUCAAAGGCUACCCAUAAAACCCCUUCAGUCUAACCUGUCUGGUGUGAAACAGAGGAAGUCUUAGGAGAAGAUCGGUCACUGGCUUUAUUAAGGAUGAGCAUGAUCCAGAAAUGGAAUGGCCCCGUGUUUAAUUCUGUCAGAGGAGGGAAAUGUUUUGUUGGAAGACCCUUCUGAGAGUUAAUGAGUGUUGUGAAUAUUGAACUUCCUUUUUUAAACAACUUUCUCAUCUCCCAUCUCCUUAUGGCUUUUAAGUCAACAACUUGAAUUUCCAGAGGAAAUUGACAAAGAAAAAAAAGGUAACUGGAGCACUGACCUGAACUGAGAUCUGGCUGUAGAUAGGAGAGGAGUACAAAUGGAAUCCGUUUUUUCUCUGUCAAGCGAAGUAUAAAGAACAGUGUUGAUUAUAUAAACAGCAAAGAGCUGUCCUCAGUGCUGAGGUCAAACAUGAAUUCAAGUGAGCAAGGAGGUGAGAAACCUCGGGCCUGAAUAAAACGUAGCAGUUUUGAGGUUUUCAAUCAAGAAACUGCCAUAUUUUGCUUUAUAGGACGAGUCAGCCCAGAAUCACAGUUUAGGAGUCAUGCUAAACACUGACCCUCAGCUGGUUGUUGUUGAUAUUUCCUUCCCAUCCUUUUUAGUAUAGUUAACAUCUUUUGUGGAAUUUGAGCCUUUUUAAGUGGAUUUCCUAUGAGUCGGAAUUGACUCGACCGCAACGGGUUUGGUUUUGGUUUGGUUUUAAGUGGCUUUCCAGUGUAAAUGUCUGCCCCUAAAUACACAUUUAUUCAAUACUGGAAAAGCAGCAAAUGAAUGAGCACAUAGUUCAGAAAGAAAAGUAUGUUCCAAAUAUCCAGAAACAUUUGGAUUUGGGGAGAGUGGGAAGAGAGGUAUUAUUUGAUUGGUUACCCCACCCCCUAAAAAAGUUAUAUCAUCUGAGUUUCUAUCACUAAUUUGGAUAGAAGACUUUUUAGGGAUAUGGUAAUGCAGCAAUCUCGAAACACAUUGUUUUCCAUUGAAAUCUUUUUUUUUCCCUGAACUUUGCCUAAGAUUCAACAACAUGUUCUUUAAGUUUUUAAAAUUCUGAGUUCCGUACUGUGUGUAUAUAUAUCUUGACAUAAUGUGGCUACAUUCAGGCAAAAAAAAAGAAAGCAAAACAAAUUAUGUUGCUAUUACUUUGUAACA